UUCAUUAAUAGUUUAUAAUUGUCAGUACGGUAAAUUUCUACACACAUAAACGCUCGGCUUUUUAUCUGUUAGCAACAUGUGCAAGCUGUAUGAUUAGCUACUUAGCUAGCAGUACAAAUUUGAAAGGAAAUGGCAGCGGACAUGAAGACGGAGGACUACCCUCAUGAGAUAGACGAACAGCUCACAGGCUUCGACUCCUCCGUCUCUUCUGUCAAAACCAUGUUAGAGAAAUUGAUGUCGAUGCCUAGAAAUGACCUGCUGCAAAAGCUGGAUCCUUUGGAUCAAGCCAAGCUGGACCUGAUGUCUGCCUACACCCUCAAUUCAUUAUUCUGGAUGUACUUGGUUACACAAGGAGUAAAUCCCAGAGAACAUGGAAUCAAGCAAGAAUUGGAGCGAAUAAGGACUUACAUGAACAGAGUGAAGGAGAUCACUGACAAGAAGAAAGCUGCCCGUUUAGAUAAAGGCGCUGCUGCACGCUUCCUCAGGAAUGCUCUCUAUGAUCCAGAGGAAAAAGAAUCGAGAAAAAGAACAGGAUCCAAGAAAGCAGCCAACACACCAGCUGACACCCCACAGUCAAAGCGUCCAAAGCAGAGCUGAAAUUAAGGAGGAUCUGUACAGUCCUUGCAGUUUGCACCACUUACUGGGGCAGCAAACACUGGAGUUAACUUUGCUCACAAGACAUUUUCUAAGACUGUUUGAUAAGGCAUCAUAUAAGACAACUUGAGACAACAAAAUAUACUUUGGUGUUCAUCUGGGUUGCUCAUCGGUCAGGAUCAUAGCUUGGAGUCAGCAAAUGUUGCUAGAUGUAGUAGAAACACAAGACUAACUAAAUGCUAUCUACAACACACCAUCCAGGUUUUUCUGAACAUAUUUCUGGACAAUGAUGCUGGCAACUGCUCUAGAAUUUAAUGGAUAUGUCAAAAAUGUUUUUUUUGUAUUAAGGAGAAAUGUUAAUACCUGUGUGUUUUGAAGUAAUUUUUGCAAUGUGCAUGUUUUACACACGUAAUGAAUAACGCUGAACAAACCUGAUGUUUGAGUCAUUUUUAGUUUAUAUUCCUGUUCUUUUGUUCAUGUUUUCCGUUGUUACCUCAUAUCGUGCAGGAAACAUUGGUAAUAAAAUUCUUAAGUAAAACAA